AUGCCCUUGAUCUUUUUAUUUUGCACACGCUAUGCCCUUGUUCUUUUUAUUUUGCACACGCUAGACCCUUACGUGGACGCGGAUGUGGACGCGGAUGUGGACGCGGACGUGGACGUGGACGUGGACGCGGACGUGGACGCGGACGUGGACGCGGACGUGGACGCGGAAGUGGACGCGGAAGUGGACGCGGAAGUGGACGCGGAAGUGGACGCGGACGUGGACGCGGACGUGGAUGUGGACGUGGACGUGGUCGUGGACGUGGUCGUGGACGUGGACGUGGACGAGGACGUGGUCGUGGAGGUGGACGUGGACGUGGUCGUGGACAUGGACGUGGACGUGGACGUGGACGUGGACGAGGACGUGGUCGUGGACGUGGUCGUGGACGUGGUCGUGGACGUGGACGUGGACCUGGACGUGGACGUGGACGUAGACGUAGACGUGGACGUGGACGUAGACGUGGACAUGGACGUGGACGUGGACGUGGACUUGGACGUGGACGUGGACAUGGCCCUGGACGUGGAUGUGGACGUGGUCGUGGAUGUGGACGUGGUCGUGGACGCAGACAUGGACGUGGACGUGGACGUGGACUUGGACGUGGACGUGGACGUGGACGUGGAGGACGUGGACGUGGAGGACAUGGACGUGGUCGUGGACGUGGUCGUGGACGUGGUCAUGGACGUGGACGUGGACGUGGACGUGGACUUGGACGUGGACGUGGACGUGGACGGGGACGUGGACUUGGACGUGGACGUGGAGGACGUGGACGUGGAGGACGUGGACGUGGAGGACGUAGACGUGGACGUGGACGUGGACGUGGACGUGGACGUGGACGUGGCCGUGGACGUGGACGUGGACGUGGACAUGGCCCUGGACGUGGACGUGGAUGUGGAUGUGGACCUGGACAUGGACGUGGACGAGGACGUGGACGUAGACGUGGACGUGGACGUGGACUUGGACGUGGACGUGGACGUGGACAUGGCCCUGGACGUGGAUGUGGACGUGGUCGUGGACGUGGACGUGGUCGUGGACGCAGACGUGGACGUGGACGUGGACGUGGACUUGGACGUGGACGUGGACGUGGACGAGGACGUGGAGGACGUGGACGUGAACAUGGAGGACGUGGACGUGGAGGACGUGGACGUGGACAUGGACGGGGACGUGGACGUGGACAUGGACCUGGACUUGGACGUGGACGUGGACGUGGACGUAGACGUGGUCGUGGACGUGGACGUGGACGUGGUCGUGGACGUGGAGGUGGACGUGGACGUGGACGUGGAGGACGUGGACGUGGAGGACGUGGACGUGGACGUGGACGUGGACGUAGACAUGGUCGUAGACGUGGACGUGGUCGUAGACGUGGACGUGGACGUGGAGGACGUGGACGUGGAGGACGUGGACAUGGACGUGGACGUGGACCUGGUUGUAGACGUGGACGUGGUCGUGGACGUGGACGUGGACCUGGACCUGGACGUGGACAUGGACCAGGACUUGGACGUGGACGUGGACGUGGACGUGGUCGUGGACGUGGACGUGGACGUGGACGUUGAUGUGGUGGUGGACGUGGACGUGGACGUGGAGGUGGACGUGGACGUUGACGUGGACGUGGACAUGGUCUAG